AUGCUGGAUGUCAAGAAGGACACCUACAACUACAGCGUCACCGGAUGCAAGGUGGACCCCGAAUUUGUGGGUCGUUGCCCCGACCUGACCUCGUUCCCUGGCUGUGGCAGCUACAACGUCGUCCUCACCUCGAAGUCGAAGAAACCCAAGGUGAUGUCGAUCAAGAAGGCGUCGAAGUAAGGUGCACUUGGCUCACACGCUUUCAAUGUUUGAGUAUGCCUCAAUUGUAGGCGUAGUAAAUGUAACGGGAAAUAUACGCAGAUUUCCAAGAAA